GCACAAAGCUCCGCGGCUGCUGGGUUCUGGCUGUCCCCGCGGCGCGUUGCUGGCCGUAGUGCGGCCCCGCCCCCGCGGCCCUCUGCGCCCCCGGCCGGCCGGCCGGCCGCCCUCCUUCCUGGUCCGGAGCCGCGCGCGAGGACGGCUGAGGCCGCAGGAGUGGUUGGAAGAACAAUGCAUGUGAGUCUUUGACACCAUGAUAUCCAUCAGGCAAAGAAAAGGAAUACAAACUACAGAAGUUUCAGAGGAUUACGUGGCACAAGAAGAAAAUGUGAAGUUGGAAAAUAAAUUGCCAUCUAGUUGUACCAAUAGAAGAUUAUGGACGAUUCUGUCAUUUACAGUUGGUGGAACUGUUGCCCUUUGCAUUGGACUUCUUACAUCUGUCUACCUGGCCACUUUACAUGAGAAUGAUUUGUGGUUUUCUAAUAUUAAGGAAGUGGAGCGAGAAAUCUCAUUCAGAACAGAAUGUGGACUGUAUUACUCCUACUACAAGCAGAUGCUGCAGGCUCCAACCCUCAUGCAAGGUUUUCGUGGCUUAAUAUAUGAUAACAAAACCGAAUCUAUGAGGACAAUUAACCUCCUUCAACGAAUGAAUAUUUACCAAGAGGUUUUUCUCAGUAUUUUAUAUAGAGUUCUACCCAUACAGAAAUAUAUAGAGCCAGUUUAUUUUUAUAUUUACACCUUAUUUGGACUCCAAGCAAUUUAUGUCACAGCUCUUUACAUAACCAGCUGGCUCCUGAGUGGUACGUGGCUAUCAGGACUCUUAGCAGCUUUCUGGUAUGUCACAAAUAGAAUAGAUACCACAAGGGUUGAGUUUACCAUCCCACUGAGAGAGAAUUGGGCGCUGCCAUUCUUUGCAAUUCAGAUAGCAGCAAUUACAUAUUUCCUGAGACCAAACUUACAGCCCCUUUCUCAAAGGCUGACACUUCUUGCCAUUUUCGUAUCAACUUUUCUCUUUAGUCUAACAUGGCAAUUUAAUCAAUUUAUGAUGCUGAUGCAAGCAUUAGUGCUGUUCAUACUGGACUCCUUGGACAUGCUGCCAGCAGUGAAGGUGACAUGGCUGUAUGGUAUACAGCUAACAGGUUUACUCCUGGUCUGCAUUCUUCAGUUUUUUAAUUCCAUGAUUCUUGGAUCAUUGCUUAUCAGUUUUAACCUUUCGGUGUUAAUUGCAAGAAAACUUCAGAAAAACCUGAAAACUGGAAGCUUCCUUAAUAGGCUUGGGAAACUAUUGUUACAUUUAUUUGUGGUUUUAUGUUUGACACUUUUUCUCAACAACAUUAUUAAGAAAAUUCUUAACCUCAAGUCAGACGAACACAUAUUUAAAUUUCUGAAGGCAAAAUUUGGAUUUGGAGCGACAAGAGAUUUUGAUGCAAACCUGUAUCUGUGUGAAGAAGCAUUUGGCCUUCUGCCUUUUAAUACAUUUGAAAGGCUUUCAGAUACUCUGCUUUUUUAUGCUUAUAUAUUUGUUCUGUCCAUCACCGUGAUUGCAGCAUUAGCUGUUGCCUUCCGUAAUCUCAGUUAUUCUACAAAUCAGCAAUCCAUGUAUAAAAUGGGAGAGUACACAAUCGGCCUGAAACCAGAAACUGCCUACAAUUUAAUACAUACGAUUCUGUUCGGAUUCUUGGCAUUGAGUACAAUGAGAAUGAAGUACCUCUGGACAUCACAUAUGUGUGUGUUUGCAUCAUUUGGCUUAUGCAGCCCUGAAAUAUGGGAGUUACUUCUGAAGUUGAUCCAUCUUUAUAACCCAAAGAGGAUAUGUAUAAUGCGAUAUUCAAUACCGAUAUUAAUACUGCUGUAUCUGUGCUAUAAGUUCUGGCCAGGAAUGAUGGAUGAACUCUCCGAGUUGAGAGAAUUCUAUGAUCCAGAUACAGUGGAGCUGAUGAACUGGAUUAACUCUAACACUCCAAGGAAGGCUGUGUUUGCUGGAAGCAUGCAGUUACUGGCCGGCGUCAAGCUGUGCACGGGAAGGACCUUAACCAACCACCCGCACUACGAGGACAGCAGCCUGAGAGAGCGAACCAAAGCGGUCUAUCAGAUAUAUGCAAAGAGGGCCCCAGAGGAAGUGCACGCCCUGCUAAGGUCCUUUGGCACCGACUACGUGAUCCUGGAAGACAGCAUCUGCUAUGAGCGCAGGCACCGCCGGGGCUGCCGGCUGCGAGACCUGCUGGACAUCGCCAACGGACACAUGAUGGAUGGCCCGGGAGAGAAUGAUCCAGAUUUGAAACUUGCAGGCGACCCUCGCUUUUGCGAAGAGAUAAAAAGAAACCUGCCCCCCUACACAGCAUACUUCACUAGAGUGUUUCAGAACAAAACAUUCCACGUUUACAAGCUAUCCAGAAACAAGUAACAGAGCUUUCUAUUUAAUCUCUAUUUUUGAUAUGUGAAACUCCAUCAUAAUGAAACUCAAUAGAUAACGUUUCAAAUGUAAUUAGGUAACCGGUACCUUAAAGCUGUGAUAUGAUUAAGUCUACAAAUGUUUACACAAGCAUUACCAUCUUUGAAAGUAUCUUAUACAUGCUUCAGUCUUUGUCUUGUUUCAUUAAUGUUCUUUAGCCUAAACGUUUUCAACUUUCUAAAAGUGAUCUAGAAUUUUGUCGUUGGGGAGAACAGUUAAGUGUUCCAUAGGUAGCCUGAACAGCUGCAUAUCAUGUUGGAAAUCUAGAGCCUGUUUCAAGAUUUGAAAUACUUCUAAUUUUUAAUUGACUUACAACAGCUAUAGUUGAAUCGAAUUGAGGGGAUACAUAAUUAAAUUAUUUAAUACUUUUUCACUAGUGAAGACCAACUGGUGGCUUUUUAAAAAGCUCUCUAUUGUCCUGUUUCACCUAAAAAUUUUAUAAUGUUUUUCAU